UGCCCCAACGUUGCCAUGGAAACAGGCGAGGACAGGGCGGGCCUGGGUAGAGGCCACCUCGCGCGCGCGACCCAGGGGCGCCCGGCGGGUCCAGUCGCCCCCCAUCCGCCCCUGCAGGUGCGCCCCCGCCCCCGCGGCGCCCGGACCCCGAGGGCGGGCUCCCGACGCCCCGCCCCGGACGCAGACCAAUGGGAGCACAGACAGCCGGUCGGGCGGGGCGGGCGAGGCGGCGGCGGCGGCGGCGGCGGCGGGGAGACGGGCGCGGGCGGAGGACACGGGCUGAACGGGAGCGCACCGGCCAUGGCCUCCAAGUGCCCCAAGUGCGACAAGACCGUGUACUUCGCUGAGAAGGUGAGCUCCCUCGGCAAAGACUGGCACAGAUUCUGCCUCAGGUGCGAGCACUGCAGCAAGACGCUGACGCCAGGGGGCCACGCCGAGCAUGACGGGAAGCCCUUCUGCCACAAGCCCUGCUAUGCCACGUUGUUCGGACCCAAAGGGGUGAAUAUCGGAGGUGCCGGCUCCUACAUCUACGAGAAGCCCUCUGCCGAGAAACCGCAGGUCACUGGCCCCAUCGAGGUCCCCGUGGCCCGAGCUGAGGAGCGGAAGGCCAGCGGCCCCCCGAAGGGGCCCAGCAAAGCCUCCAGCGUCACCACGUUCACCGGGGAACCCAACAUGUGUCCUCGCUGCAACAAGAGGGUCUACUUUGCCGAGAAGGUGACGUCUCUGGGCAAGGACUGGCACCGGCCGUGCCUGCGCUGUGAGCGCUGCGGGAAGACGCUGACCCCAGGCGGGCACGCGGAGCACGACGGCCAGCCCUACUGCCACAAGCCCUGCUACGGAAUACUUUUCGGACCCAAGGGGGUGAACACCGGAGCUGUUGGCAGCUACAUCUAUGACAAGGACCCCGAGGGCAAGGUUCAGCCCUAGGCCCGCAGGCCCUUCUGCGGGGCAUUGGCCCGCCUGCGCGGGCCCCUGGCCAGGGGCCCACUGCUUGGCUACGAGGGGAGAGUGACCGCCGCCCAGUCCCACCUCAGCACCUGCGAGUCCAGGGCCUGCGUGUUGGGGAGGAAGCCCCUGAGCUGACUCCAGAGCCCUGCCCACCAACCCUGUCUCCCUGGGUGUGUCUGCCUUUGUGUCCCCAGCCACCCGUCACCCCUUUUGUGUCCUCCUGGCCCCCCGUGUCCCCAUGUCUGUAUCUCACGGCCCACACGUCCCUGAACGUCCCUGUGGCCUGGGUGGGUCUUUCUGAGGUGGCCGCCCCACGCUCCCCCUCCUGCUGCCCGAGUCCUGCCCACAGUGUUAUUUAUGCUCCCCCUGCCCGUGACAGCCACAGCCACGCCCCUCACAGUGUCCCAAGGGUGGAGGGACAUCCCUGCCAGGAGCCCUCUGCCCGCCUCCCACCCUGCCUCGCAAGCGCCCGCCCGCCGCCCUCACGUGGCUCACAUUCGACUGCCGGGCGUUCUGCUGUCAAUAAAAGGUUUGAGGAUCGCACAACCCCGCACUGUGUCU